CCCCUGUAAACGUCAAGCGUCAAACCUGUCAUCUGCCAGACUUUCCGAAUUUCUAGAAUGUUUAUAUUUAUUCUCUCGUGAGUACAAAUCUACAUUUAUUCAUAAAAAAUAACCAACCGUAACAUCAAACUCAACCGCAUUUAAUCAUAUUUGAAAAAAUGGCCGAAGCCGAACACACAGAACAACCAAAAGUGCAAGUAAAGCACGACUGGUACCAAACCGAAACGGCCGUCGUAAUAACCGUACUCAUCAAAAACGUAAAAAACGACAAUCUAACUACAAACUUCUCUACAUCUUGUGUUCACCUCGACGUCAAAUUCCCCGACGAAGAGGACAUCCAGGUUAAGUUCAACCUCUCCCACGAAAUCGUCCCCGAACAAUGCUCGUACAAAAUCACCCCUUCAAAGAUCGAGGUGAAGCUGCAGAAGCGCGAAGGCAUCCGAUGGAGCAAACUCGAAGGCGAGGAGAAAAACAUCCCCAAGGCAAUCCCACAGGAGGUGCCUGAAGCGAGCGGGCCGCCGGCCUACCCCACGUCGAAAAAGGGCAAAGACUGGUCGGCUGUGGAGAAGGAGAUGAAGGAGCAGGAGGCGAAAGAGAAGCCUGAGGGCGAGGAGGCGCUUAAUAAGUUGUUUCAGGAGAUUUACGGAAAGGGCAGCGACGAGGUUAAGAGGGCUAUGAAUAAGAGUUAUAUGGAGAGUGGAGGGACUGUUCUUAGCACCAAUUGGGACGAGAUUUCUAAGGAAAAGGUGGCGGUGAAGCCGCCUGAUGGGAUGGAAUGGAAGAAAUGGUAGUGGUACUGUUAUUUUAUAUUUAAAUUAAAUAAAUUGUAUUCUGUAAA